AUGUUUGGUUUGGUUAAAGAAGAUAAAUUAGAACAAAUUAAAGGAAAGGCUUAUUCUUUGGGUGCAUUUUUGGGAAAAAAGAAUCAUCACAAAGAUAAUGAUGUAACUACUACUAUUCAUGAAGUUGAAGUCGACAAUGUCGAUUCGAUUAAUGAAGACAUAGCUAUAAUAGAUGAGAAUGAAUUUGCUAAUGUUAAUGGGAUCACCUACUCAUUGGAUACAUUGUUAGGGGAUGAUCUUGUUGAUUCCAAAAAACAAGAAAGUUCAAUUGGUGAUGAUGCGUCAAUUGUUCCCAAUAACAGCAGCAAGAAUAGUGAUGGUAGUAGUAUUAACAAUGAAUCUAAGGAGGAAAUUGUAGCAAAAAGUGUUUUAUGGCCAAUUAGUCCAAUACAUGGACAUCAUUUCAAAGAAGAAAGUAAGCUAUAUUUUUGUGUUGUAUAUUUAGCACCUGGUGAUUAUCAUAAAUUUCAUUCACCAACAAAUUGGGUUGUUGAAUAUAGACGUCAUUUUGCAGAACCAACAAGUCCAGGUUCGGUUAGCAGUAAUGAUAGUUCUAAUGAUUCAAAUACUGCUUUAUUUUCACCACCGAAUCUUACAAACAUAAUUGAUGUAUCGUUUUACAUCUCAUUGGUCCAAAUUCUACUUAAAAAUUCUGAUCAUUCCAUAACAAUCUUAAGAACAAUUAGUUUCAUAUAUACCCAUUUUACACUCUUAACGUCCAAACCUAACCACCUAAAACACUUAGUCAAAGAUACGCUUUUAAAUGAACAAAUUUUUGAACAAAUGUUUUGCCAUUGGUCAAGAAAUAUUAGAAUAUACUACAUGCGUUUAUUGGUAUGGAGAGUGGGUAGAAUGGCUGGAAGUAUUAAGAAAAAUAAUAAAAAACUAUUAAAUUAUAUUAAUGGUGACGGUGAUAACGAUGACGAUUUUAUUGGAGAAAAUAGUUAUGUUAUAAUCGACAUGUUAAUCACCUUACAAAACAGAUUAGAAAAUUUACAAAUAUGUUUUGAAUUCAUAUCAAAUUAUUCUGGAGAAAUGAAAGAUCUUCAAAAUGCUAUACAGGCCAAAAUUGAAGAAAAUAUUCGAGGAACAAAAAAUUAUGACAAAAACAAUCAAAUCAAAUCGUAUAUUUACCCACAAAUAUCUCCGCCCAUCGAUUCUAAUAAAAAUCCUAAUGGAAAUCAACACAAAAGAAAAAUUUCAACAACUACUACCACCAUAAUUCAAUGGAUGCUAAAAAAUAAUCAACAAACAACUAAAGCUAUUUUUGAAUACGAGGCAGUAAAUCAGGAUUAUGCUGAAUGGUGUGGUCAAGUUACUAAAACAAAAUUUCCUAAAUUAACAGUCGAUUAUCCAAAAUAUUUUGGAAAUGGACUUGUAAAUACAAUGUUUUAA